GCAGCAUGCUAGUGGUGUGUUCUUCCCUACUACCAAACCUCUAGCUUCUUUUUUCUUUCUUUUUCCUUUUUCAGUCUGACACCAUAUAUGAGUGAUUGGAUUUCUGUAAUGGAAAGCAUUAGCUCUACUAGGAUUAGGUUCUUAUGAAAAUAGUCUAAAAACCAAAGAAAACCCAUCAAGGGUCUGAGCACCUGACUCCAUUAGACUACUCCCACAGGCACCUCAGAUCCUCAUAAGCUGUUUCUAGCAUCUGGGUAGCUCUUCUUUUUGGAGUUUCAGUACAAUGGAAGUAGGUAGAUGGGGAGUUUUCCUCUGUUUGGUGGUUUUGUUAUUGUUUUGGAAUUCUACAGAUGGUUUGCUCUCUCCCAAAGGUGUUAACUUUGAAGUUCAAGCAUUGAUAGGUAUAAAGGCAUCAUUGAAGGAUCCUCAUAAUGUUCUACAGAACUGGGAUCAGGACUCUGUUGAUCCAUGUAGCUGGACUAUGGUUACUUGCUCAGCUGAAAAUCUAGUCACUGGGCUAGGUACUCCGAGCCAGAACUUGUCCGGCACACUCUCUCCAAGUAUAGGGAACUUGACGAAUCUUCAGCUUGUUCUGUUACAGAACAACAACAUAUCGGGACCGAUUCCAGUAGAGAUUGGGAAGCUCUCGAAGCUUCAUACACUCGAUCUUUCUAAUAAUUUAUUUACUGGAGAAAUCCCCAUUUCUAUAGGAAACCUUAAAAGCCUUGAAUACUUGCGGCUUAACAACAACAGCCUUUCAGGAGCAUUUCCAUCAUCGUUGGCCAACAUCACAAAGCUUGCUUUCGUGGAUUUAUCUUACAAUAAUUUGAGUGGGCCCAUACCAAGGUUUCCUGCUAGAACAGUCAAUAUUGUAGGAAAUCCGCAGAUUUGUGCGACUGGAUCAGAGCCAGAUUGCAAUGGAACAGAACCAAUGCCGCUUUCCUUCAACUUGACUAAUACACAAAGCCCUCUACCUUUGGGAAGACCCAAAAGCCACAAGGUGGCCUUUGCUUUGGCGACGAGCCUCGGCUGCAUCUGUCUUCUCAUUCUUGGAUUUGGGUUCCUUCUAUGGUGGAGGCACAGACACAACCAACAGAUAUUCUUGGAUGUCAAUGACCAACAUCAUGAAGAAAUCUCUCUUGGAAACUUGAAGAGGUUCCAUUUCAGAGAGCUUCAGACUGCGACAGAUAACUUCAGUAGCAAGAACAUACUUGGAAAAGGCGGUUUUGGAAAUGUCUAUAAAGGCUAUCUCCAAGAUGGGACGGUCGUAGCAGUGAAAAGACUCAAGGAUGGAAAUGCUGUGGGUGGGGAGAUUCAAUUUCAAACAGAAGUGGAGAUGAUCAGCUUAGCAGUGCAUAGAAACCUUCUUCGGCUUUGCGGGUUUUGUAUGACAGCAACAGAGCGGCUUCUAGUUUAUCCAUACAUGUCAAAUGGAAGUGUUGCUUCUCGACUCAAAGGAAAACCAGCAUUGGAUUGGGGUACUAGAAAGAGAAUAGCACUCGGAGCAGCACGGGGCCUGUUGUAUCUUCACGAGCAAUGCGAUCCUAAGAUAAUUCACAGGGAUGUAAAAGCCGCGAAUAUAUUGCUUGAUGACUACUGUGAAGCAGUAGUAGGAGAUUUUGGGCUGGCCAAGCUUUUGGAUCACAGAGAUUCCCAUGUAACGACCGCAGUGAGAGGAACGGUGGGCCACAUAGCCCCUGAGUAUCUCUCCACGGGCCAGUCAUCAGAGAAGACAGAUGUCUUUGGAUUCGGAAUCCUUCUCCUUGAGUUGAUCACUGGUCAGAGAGCUCUAGAAUUCGGCAAGGCAGCUAAUCAGAAAGGAGCCAUGCUCGAUUGGGUGAAGAAAAUCCAUCAGGAAAAGAAGCUUGAUGUGCUCGUCGACAAGGACUUGAAAAACAACUAUGACCGGAUCGAGCUCGAAGAAAUGGUCCAAGUUGCUCUCCUAUGCACCCAAUACCUCCCAGGCCACAGGCCCAAGAUGUCCGAAGUAGUGCGAAUGCUAGAAGGUGACGGACUUGCGGAGAGAUGGGAAGCUUCCCAGAGAGCUGAAUCACACAAGUGCAAAGCCCAUGAAUUCUCCUCUUCUGAGCGGUACUCUGAUCUCACCGAUGACUCUUCAUUGCUCGCCCAAGCAAUGGAACUCUCUGGCCCGAGGUGACUUCACAAAACAAAGGAACCAGAGA